GUCACCAUGACAAUUGGCAGCUGGAGCUGAACGUGGACCCUAAACCAAAAAGGACAAUCUCGAAAGUUUAUAAUAACAAUCGAACAGAGCACUUUCUUAGCAUCGUGUUCCGAUUCUACCGAAUUCAUCAACUAUCUACGUAUCUAGAUACUUACACCGACUUUCUAUACACGCGAGAAGUAGAAGCAACGACGUCGUACGAGCAACCACCACCACCGUCACGUCCCGCAAUGGCAGACGCCCGCGCCCUCCUCCGCGCCAACCGCGCCGAGCACCGCAUCAAGCACCCGCACGCCGCGUACUCCGACGCCGGCAAGCUUCUCUGCAAGCUGUGCCACGAGCCCGUGAAGGCCGAGUCGCUCUGGGAGAACCACAUCCGGGGCCCGAACCACCGGAAGCGAGCACAGCUCCAGAGCUCCUCGCAGCCAGAAUCACAGCCCGUACCCACGACAGAUCGAAGUAGCAACAACGACAAUGGGGUUGGGGGUGGCAAGCGGAAACUCGACGAGGUAGACGAAAGCCAGUCCUCGGCAUCAGACUCCGCGUCGGAGGACGCGAUCCGCAGGAAACGCAGCCGAGCCAGCAUCAGCAGCAGCGGGGAGAAGCGGCAGACACCGCCGGUGCUCGGGCGUAGGGCCUCGAACGCGCCCGCGCAAGGCGUCGAGAUCGCGAUACCGUCGCGGCCAGCGACCCCAGCCGCGGGCUCGAACUCAGCGACGUCGACGCCGAAGGGGAUGCCCGUGGGCCGCUCACCGCUCAUCGGGGCCGAGGCGCAGAUGGGCACGCCCAUGUCCAUAUCAACACCCACAUCCACGCCGUCCCAGACCAACUUACCCAUAUCGACGCAACCGCUCCCCGCUCCGUCUACAGGCGCUACGUCUAGUCUUAAUAAUAAUAAUUCCACCUCCCAAGCAACUUCAACCGCCGUCGACGAAGCAGAAUGGGCAGCAUUCGAAGCCGAAAUCGCCACGGCCUCCGCAGUCCCCGAGAGCAGUAACGGCAGCGACCCCUACACCUCCGCCACCAUCUCCGCGCCAGCCCUCAGCGCCGCCCAGCUAGCCGCGAAAUCGGAAGAGGAAGAGAACGAGCGGCGGAAACACUUCCUCGACGCGCAGAUCGCAGAUGAAAAGGAAGACGCAACACUAGCUCUCGAAGCCGAGUUCGCAGAGAUGGAAGAACUAGAAUCCCGUGUGCGGCGGCUAAAGGAACGACGUGAGGAGCUGCGGAAGGGGAGUGUGGCGAAUCUACGGGCUACGGCGGGAGACGAUUCCGAUAUCAGCAUGACUAAGAGUCCGGCUGGUGGGAAGGAGAAUGAGAGUGCCGGGGCUAUUGAGGAGGAGGAUGAAGAUGAUGACGACGACGAUGAUGAGGAUGCUUGGGAUGCAUUUCGAUUUCGGUGAGACGAGUUAGGGGUGAGGUGAGGAGAGGUGGGGUACGAUGGGGUGUGAUAACAUACAAACAUAGCAUUGGAGAGGGUUUCGCGGUGAUAAGACGAAACAAAAGGGGAUUACCUUGCAUAGGACCGCGACGGCGUUCUUCUGAUUACGAAUUUUACUAAUAAGCCAUAUAGGGGAAGGAAGGCAAAGUUAGCCGAAAAGGGGGCGCAUUCGAGUACAUAUCCAUCUACAUACAG